UUCUCGGUGCAGGUGUGUGAGAUGAGGAGGUGUACAUGCAUUGUGCAGGUGCGUCUAUCCGGCUCACGAUGGGAUUUAUGCUAAAUAUCAAAUAAUACAUAACGUAUAUAUUACUCCACUUUGUGAGACAAGAGUCAAAUCCCAAGGUCGAACGAGGCUGACCCUCGCGGAAAAACGACGUCUCACUCGCGAGUGAGACUCGAAAACCCUGUAUGUGUCCGUUGCAAGUGACGUUCGAGAUCGCCACCGGGAUCCGAGAUGUGGCCGCGUCUGCCGAGAAGUUUCGCCCUGCUGUCGCUGUUGGUGCUGUGGCGGCUCGUCAACGUGAUCCUGGUGCGGACCGUUCACGUGCCGGACGAGUACUGGCAGUCGCUGGAGGUGGCGCAUCGUCUGGCGUUCGGUUACGGACACCUCACGUGGGAAUGGACGACGAUGAUUCGUAGCUACGCGUAUCCGUUUCUCAUAUCGAUCCUCUACCGGGCGCUCGCCGCGCUCUCCUUGGACUGUGUACCGCUGCUGACGACGCUGCCCCGUGUCUUUCAGGCUGUCCUCGCUGCCUACGGGGAUUACGCGUUUUACAAGUGGACCAAGAACAAGUGGAUGCUGAUCUCGCUGUGCCUGAAUUGGUACUGGUACUAUUGCGCCACGAGGACGUUGAUCAACUCGGUGGAGACUGCCUGUACCAUUGUAGCGUUGUCGAUGUUCCCGUGGAAAGAGAGUCGCGCGCGAAGCGUAAGAUUUUUGUGGAUCGUAGGUUUUCUCUGUAUGACCAGGCCCACCGCCGCAAUCAUGUGGCUUCCCCUGUGCUUGUAUCACAUUCGUAUGAGCUCGGAGAAGAAGAUAUUGCUCGGUCAGUACGUCUUGAUAUGUUUCACUUGCGCCGCAAUUUCCAUAUCAAUAGAUUGCUACUGUUACGGAACGUACGUGCUAACCCCAUGGAGAUUCUUCCAGGUGAACGUGCUCGGGAAUGUCGGAAGCACGUACGGCGUGAAACACGCGUUGUGGUACGUCUAUUCCGCUUUGCCAGUGCUACUCGGAUUGCAUCUCUUUCCAUUCUUGUUCGCCUGUUACUUGAUACUUAGACGUCCCGCUCUUUUCCCUCGGGAAUCGAUUAUGCUGGUGGUAAUCGGUUGGACCUUACUCGUCUAUUCGUUGCUCUCCCACAAGGAAUUUCGAUUCAUCCUGCCCCUUCUGCCGUUGCUGAUAUACACGAGCUUCGCUUGUCUCAAUCGCUUGAACGCAGGAGUCACGGCGGACGUGCGUAAAAGGCUGAUCGCGUUGCUGGUGUGCAGCAACGCCAUGACCGGAUUGUUCUUCUCCACGAUUCACCAACGUGGCACGUUGACGAUAAUGGAGGUACUGCGGGACGAAGUCACUCAUUGUGCGAACAUCUCGUUGACCGACACGCUAAUACUGACCCCGUGCCACAGCACGCCGUUGUACAGUCAUUUGCACGUGAACGUGCCGAUAAGAUUUCUAACGUGCGAGCCGAAUUUGAACAACGUCAAGGACUAUGUGGACGAAGCGGAUCAGUUUUUCGCAAACGCGACAGGCUGGCUCAACGAUAAUUACGUUAACAACACGAAAGUUACGUUACCGACUUAUGUGAUAGCGUUUGAUAACGUUGCGAGUGAGAUAUCUGAAUUCUUACCUUCUGCGUGGCGAGACAGAGGAAUGCGGUGUGGAAAAAGUCAAAUAUGUUGGCGUUCUCAUUAUCGAUAACAAAAAGCGGCACCUCUCGCUCAUCCGGUCAUCAAUAAUGCUUAGGCGAUUGUCGUGAAACAGUCAUAAACCGAGGGCUCUUCCACGCUAAAAACGAGUCGUAGAUCGUCGAGGUGGAGAAGAGGGGAAGGAGAGGUCGAUCCCUCCGCUUGGAAUAAAUGGGUACCGUUAGUAAGUAGGACUCGAAUCCCAGACUCUCGAUGCGGGAACGAUAACGAUUCUAACGGUACACUCGUACAUCGCACUACAGAUGCUCCGAAACGCAAUUAUCGCUGCGAAGCUGCGCCGCGCGUGUUUUUCUCGAAUUUACGUAGAUUUUAGCGGCCACGAGUGGCACGGAUAUUUGUGGAAGGGAAUCGAGAGGUUUAUCGAAGACUUUAUACUGUUAUCGCUUUACGCUAAGAAAUAUAAUUAAUGUCCUGAUUUAACUAACUUUUCAUCUUUUUCGAAGAAUUAAAAAAAAAAGAUAAAAAGUCAGUUAAACCGAGAGUAAAUCAAUUUACUCCUCGAUAGAAAUGGACACGAAUGAAAUUACAAUCUCGUUACAUUACGAUGUAUUACGCACUAUUAAAUCAUACGUAUUAAUACAUCCGUCAUUUUGAGCAUUAUGAUAUAUACUUAUAAAAAAGAUGAGACAAAUAAUAUAAUGCCGUAAAAAUGC